UCUCUUAUAAGGAAUAGAUGGUUUAGUCAAGGCAACACUGUGUCUGACAGGCAUUUGCAGACAAUUACAGAGAAGCAUAAUAAAGAAGAGUUAUUUUUGAAGAUUUAAAAGGGAGAAAAAGGCAAAACCAUGCAGCUCUUGAGAGUGGUAGGAUUCAUCCACGGAAACAUGCUUUUGCUUAGUUCCACCCUAGGGACGGGCAUUUUGUUUGUGUCUCCGAAAGGAGUAUUAAAAUACUCCUCACUGAACAUCCCUGUCUCCCUAAGUAUUUGGGCAGGUUGUGGCUUGCUGAACAUGAUGAAUGCUCUUUGUCUUACCGAGUUGGCAACCACCUUUCCUAUUGCAGAUGCCAUUCUCCAAGUAAAGUAUUCAUAUUUAGGAGCAUCACUCCUGAUCAACAUAGCAGGACCACCAGCUCAAGGGUGGCAACACCCACAGUGACCCAUGACCUCCCACAUCAACCAUCAAUCAAGACAAUGCACCACAG